GUAAUCGAAGUCAGGAUGGGGGAAGGGGGAAGUUGGGAUAGGGAAGGGGGAAUUCGGCAUCGACGUCGGGAUGGGGAAUGGGGGCGACGAGGUCGGGAUGGGAGAAGGGGGAAAAGGUGCGAGGAGGGACGACAUCGGGAUGAGAAGGGAGAGGUCCAGAGGUCGGGGUCAGAAUCUGGGAUGGGGACGACGAGGUUGGGAUAGGGGAGGGAGGGAGUUGAGUCGGGAUGAGGAAGGAAAGGUCCGGAGGUCGGCGAAGGACGGAGUCGGGAUGGACUUCAUGCAGAACACUUUGGACCAGAUCCUGGACAUUUUGACAAAGCCAGGAUUUAGGCCACCAACGCAAUCGUCGUUGCCGUUAACGGCGAUGUCAGACCCCUUUCCAGUUCAAGCUGGUUCACAACCAAGUGGUACGUCUGCAGCAGCCGCACAGACAGUUGCAUGUUCUUCUUCGGGUUCAGCGGUGAUUGCUACAUCACCACAACAACCUGUUCAACAAUCUGGACAGUCGCAAGGUCAAUGGUACCCCAAGACCCCAAUGAAACCGCCUCUUGCCUUCUCAGGCGAGAGAAAGGACGAGGAACUCAACACAUGGUUGAGGACGGUCUCGGUUUGGGUGAAGGCCAAAAGGACCUUGCCUGAGGACGAAGUGGUAACUGCGGCGUCUUACCUAGAGGGUAAGGCAGCCAAGUGGCUAGAUGGUGUAGUUGUGAAGGCCGGGUACGGGCGACACAUGGCGGAUUGGGCUAAGUCUUUGACUUUAGACCAAUUCAUGGAAAUGGUAGAAGCUCGAUGGCAUAACCCCCAGGAGGCACAAAAGGCCACUGAUGCCAUUAACAAACUAGACCAACGAAAGUUCAGGUCAGUUAGAGAGCUUACGACUACCGUUGAGAGCCCGAUCCUCGUCCUAGGCAUCGACUACAGUGACCAGUUCCUGCUAACUACUUUUGUUAGAUGUUUACCAGAGAACAUCAGGAACUUACUGGCUAGCGAGGCACGCACUGUGUACCAUUCGUUUGAGACACUGUCUAGGAAGGCCUUAGAUUUAGAGGCCACUCUAGGCAAUGCUCAACCCACCUCACAGAGUGACUCAAAGAAGAAGAAGAGUCCAGAGGAGUGGAAAAAGAAGGGAGCAAAGUUGAUGAUGGUUGAGUCUGAUGGGACUCAAACUGAGAUUGACGAACUCUCUGACCUGAUGGACUAUUCAGAGCAAGACGGCGAGGAGGUAGCUGAGGGUAGCACCCUUGCCGCAGUAGUAAAGACUAAGGCAGGUGGCCGAGGGAAGGGCCAACCCAGGGGUCAAGGAAAGGCCGCCUCCAAUCAGACCAAACAGGCUGACUGGGUUAAGCAGGAGGACAUCCACAACCUCGACGAUGCGGAUCAGACGCACAACCAGGCGUUAGCUCAACUUAACAGCCGCCUCCAGCAGGUGGAGCAACGACCCGUCGCCGCCCUCGAUGCCAACUCCUCCAACACCUCCGAUCGCCUCAAUGCAUUGGAGAUUGACGCCGGAGCCCUCAAGGACGACACGCAGCCACAACAAACGACCACGCAACAAUUGGAACAAUGGAUCUGUGUUGCCGCCACCAACCCGAGCUCAGCACCGCGCGAGACGUCUCCAAGGUUCGAUGAUCAGGAGAUCUUCUGCGAUUCGACGAAGACGGACUCGAUUCCGUGGUUCCGCAAGUUCGAGCUCAAGUUGCAACUACACCACAUCAGCGAGGACAAGCAUCACGUGUACUUACUCUCCCGGUCGGGAGGCGCGUUCCAAGCAUGGUUGGACAAUCUCUUGUCCAAGUACGGGGCGGUAGCUGCCAACUUAUACACCAAGAUCAACUAUUCUACAUUGGUAUGUGCCAUGAAAGGUCAGCUAAGCAUGACGUGGCCGGCCUGUGUGAUUGAGGCAGGAGUUGCGGGAUGUGUGUGGGCAAACCUCACCACGCCUGGCUCGUCUGGCUCUAGGGGCAGUGCUGCCCUGCAGUGCUCUGCGCUCUAUUGCAGUAAAGGGAGAUCGAUCAAUGUCCAUGGCAGUGGUUCAAGCGCACCUCUGUUUUUUGCCGAGGGAAGCUGCGGGAGUGGAUUCCUCAUCUCUCUCAACUUAAGAGGCGGCGAUAGGUUCUCUUCUAAGCUUAGAGGUAUGUACGUAUUCUCAUCGCCCGAGUCUGUACACACUACAGGUCUGUUUUCCUCUUUGAAGCUCAGGCAUGGUGGACGCUCUGCUCUCAGAGUCUACCCCAAGAGGGAGGUUGCUUUCUCAACUGAAGAAAGCCUUCCAUUUGCUCAGGCCCAGACCCCUAUCUUGUUUGUCAGGAAGUUGAAACUUGCAUGCUGUUCAAGUAGUGAUUCUAAUCACUGGGCAGCGCAGGGUGGGAGUGCGGAGUGUGGUACUGAGUCUGGGUCACCAGAGGGGACUGGUGACGACUUUCUUUCAAAAGAUGUUUAUGGUCAGACUGGCCAUAAGACGGGAGAGACUGAGGAAGGUGGGAAGAAGAAACCAGAUGCAUCUGUAGAAAGUCCUUGUUCCUCUGCAGCGGAGGCAAGCACAGUGGGUGUUUGCGACAGAAAUCUUUCCAUCCGUGCAACAGGGGAAGGCACUGCUGUUGGUGGACAAGCAAGUGAAGCAGACGUUGGUUGCAGUGCACAGUUGGUAAGAGAAGCAAGCGUGAUGACCUUAUUGAGUGAAAGUAGAAAGAUGAGAAGUGAGAUAACAGUUGUCAUGCUGGCAGAAGUUAAAAAGCUGCCUUUGGUGCAGGUUGCUGCUGUGUGCCUAAAAAGACUGCACAGUUGUGUCUCAGUUUGUUGGUGCCUGCGCUUGAGUCUGCUGGAUUGGUAUCUUCUGUCCGAGAUGCUGCUUCCGUUUCUGUCAGCAUUAGCCAUCUGUGUUGUACUGGGUCUGUCUUUGGGAGCUUUGGGUGAGCUCGUUCAGGAAGUUAUAUCAGGUUUGCCAGUAGGUGCAGCUUUGGCUGCUGCUCUAUUUCAAGGGCCCAGGUUUCUUGCACAGGCAUUGCCAGCUGCAACUGCUGCCGGUGUUUUGUUUGGCCUUGGAAGGCUGAAGUCGGAGACUGAGUUGGUUCCUCUGCAUGCAGCUGGGGUUGCCACGUGGCGGGUCCUUGUGGCUCCACUCGUGCUUGCAUUAGCUUCGACUCUCCUCGCCUUGGCAACAAAUGAGCUGCUUGUUCCACGUUGCAACAAGAGGGCGCGAGAGGUCAUACGAAGCACGCUGAUGGGAUCUGGUAUCUGUCAACUUUUGACUCAGAAGGAUCUAGUUUACCGAGAGUUUGCACAUAAGCUUGCCACUGAUCCCUCUGCAGACCCUGUGCCUUCUGGAAGUGAUGCUGCUGAUGAAGACCCCAGAGGUGACAAGGCUGCUGGUCCUCGGAAGGAUUUCGGUAGUCGCCCGUCAAAGUCUUCUCAAAGUGCUGCUGCUUAUGAAGAGCCAGAAAAUGACAAGGCUCCUGGUCUCCAGAGGGAGGUCAGUAAUCGCCCGUCAAUGCCCAAGCGAACUGAGUUCCUGAAUCGAGUUUGGUACAGCCAGGGCUUUGAGAAUGAUGAGAUGUCAAAUACCCUUCUGCUGGAGAUAUCGCCUGAUGGGGAUCUGAAGGGAGUGGUGUCUGCUGAGGAGUGUAUUUGGGACCUGAAACGAAGCACGUGCAAGAUACGAGGAGGCAUGGGCAUUGCACUAAAUGCAACGAUGCCUCAGACGAUGUGUGUGGAAUUGAUGGAGAUACCGCUGUUGAAUCCUUUGGAUGAGCCAUCAGCACUUACUACUGCAGAAGACCUUGACUUUCUAACACGUAGUGACAUUCUGACCUUCAUUAACAAUCUUGAGGCAGAAUCUAAAGCUUUAGAGUCUGCAGAAGGGCUCCAAAAUUGUGGAGAGCAGAUGGGGAAGGUGGAGAAGGCAAUGAAUGUGCAGGGGUCUGUUGAUGCGCUGCUGUCAGAGGCAAUGCUGCCUUGUGGCCUGCCUCAACAGCGGUGGGGGGUCCUGAGGAAAACUGCAGACUUUUUCAGCCCAAAGACAAGGGUCAAGAUUGGAUGUUCUCAGGAAGUGGCCAAGGCAAAAUGUGUGCUGAUACAGAGGGUUGCCUCUGCGCUGUCUUGUCUGGUGUAUGGGCUGAUAGGUGCAGUGUCGACACUAGCUGCCAACCAGCUUGGUCAUAGAGCAAGUAGUCGGGCCAUUCCGUUUGUUCUCUCUUUGUGUGCUCUAGCAUUAUACAACACCAUGGUGAUUGUGUUGAUGUGUGCAGUCGAAGUUGGACUAGUUCACCCCACUGUUUGUGGUUGGUUGCCUUGCCUGUUUGGAAUAGCCCUGGGUUGUUGUGUCUGGCUAUUUGCAAGGCGAUUUCAGUAGUAGUGUCGCUUUCACCGUCUCAUGUGCACGUUGUA